AUGAAUUCAUCAGAUGAUUUACCAUUGUCACCAAAUGCAUCAGUGGGAAAUGCAUUACCUAUUGAUGUCAUAGAUAAAUUAAUGUCCGACGCGGCAAGUGCUGAAAUCGAGUCAGCAAUUCUUGAUCCAACAAGGAUGGACGAAAGUGAUGAUUUGACUUUAAUCGAUGAUUUUUCUUCAGUUGAUCAUAUAACAUUUGUGCGUGAUGUUGUUCCAUAUGAAAUAGAUUCAUAUUCAUCAAACGAUCUGAAUGAAAUGCAACAAGCAACAACUUUCACUAAUAUUCGACGUGUUCAAGGAAUCAAAGAUUUAACUAACGGAAGAUAUGCAUCGAUUCUACCUGAAAUAAGAAUUCCAAAGAAGUAUAUUCAAGAAGAUCCAGUCAGAAUAGCUGUCGCCUUUGUUGUCGAAGAAUGUGAAGAAAAUCAUAUUAUCUGGCGUUUACAUCAAAAGAAAAGUUUUUUACCUGACGGUAAUGAUUCAGAUACAAUCGCUUUUAAUCCAUUACGUAUUGAAAUUGAACCAUCAGGGAAAACACAGAAUGACAGUUAUAAAUUACCGUUAAGAAUGUGCAAUAAUCUUCGAGCUGAAUUCAUUAAACGAGAAAAUGACGUGUUUCAUAAACUUCAUUCAACUGUAGCUCGUCGUUUGCAUUUUGCUGAACAUUUACCUGAUAUUCCAAGAUUGGCGUGUGUAAUAGUUGACAGACAAGGAAAUUUGAUAUGGGAAACUUUCGGUCUGUCGAAUUUUAUUCAACCGAUUCCUACUGGGCAGGGAAGCCGCGUUCUCACGACCUCAGAUCUUCGAUUGAACGACAAGCAAACGAAUGAUGACGUUUUGCCAUUAACAACAGCACCCACAACACAAAUACUUGAUAAACCAUUGAGACGACGUGUAUUGCAAAAUUUCUUUAUUGUCUGGUUAGAUCCUGCAAUCAAUCAACCAAACAAUGAUAUCUUUAAUUCAAUUAUAAGAUUACAGGAUAUUGUUAAUUCUUUGUAUACAUUUGCAGAUAUUGAUGAAUGCAUCAAUUUUAUCACUGAUGCCAAUGAUGAGAAAGUAAUACUGAUAACAUCUGGUUCACUCGGUCAACAAAUUACACCUUCUAUUCAUGAUAUUCCUCAACUCGAUUCGAUUUAUAUAUUUUGUUACCGGAAGACUUUUCAUAACCACUGGGCAACGCGUUGGAUGAAAGUUAAAGGUGUUUUCACAGAUAUUGCCUCAAUGUAUGAAUCACUCAAACAGGCAACGCGAUUAUGUGAUCAAAGUGCCAUGUCAAUCAGCUUUCUGAGAGAAGAAAAUUUACCCGAACGGCAGGCAAACCAACUUAAUCCAUCGUUUAUGUAUUUACAAAUAUUAAAAGAAAUCAUACUUACCCUUGACUUUAAUGAAGGUCACAGAAUUGAAUUCGUAACUUAUUGUCGCGAUGCAUUCGCUCAUAAUCAGAGCAUAUUAAAGAAUAUCGAUAAAUUUCAAAAGGCUUAUGAACCAGAUGCAUCGAUCCAAUGGUAUACUUCGUCAUAUUUUUUACAUUCAAUGCUUAACCGAGCGUUACGAAAACUCGAUGUCGAUGUAAUUCUCAAAAUGGGAUUUUUUCUACAAGAUCUUCAUCGUCAAAUUAGUCAACUACAUUCAGAACAAAUGAUUAAUAAUGAAAAAUUCAGAGUAUAUCGAGGACAAUCUUUAUCAACGAAAGAUUUCGAAACAUUAACACGAAGUUCGCAAGGUUUAAUGUCUUUCAACAGUUUUCUGUCGACAAGCCUAGAUCGAAAUGUAGCUUUCGUAUAUGCUGAAAGUAGUGUUCAUAUUCAAGACACAAUAGGUGUGCUCUUUACAAUGAGUAUUGAUGCAUCACUAGAUGCUGUUCCUUUUGCGAGUAUACGACAUUUGAGUUUUUUUGAAUCAGAAGAUGAAAUACUCUUUUCAAUGAAUAGUGUCUUUCGUAUUGAUGAAAUUAAAAACAUACAUGAGACUGAAAACAUUUGGGAAAUUAGUUUAAGAUUAACAGAUGAUAAAGAUACAGAAGUAGAACUUCUUAAAAGAAGUUUGGAAAACGAGGCAUCGGAAGAAGAACCAUUGUAUCGACUGGGGGUGCUGCUUACCAGAUUAGGUGAAAUCGGCAAAUCCGAACAAAUUUAUAUGAAUCUUCUUGAAAAAACAUCAAAUGAACUGGAAAAAAUGUCAUUAUACCAUCGACUUGGUUCAAUCAAGCAUACACAAGGUGAAUUUAGUCAAACUCUAAAAUUGGAGGGCAAAGCAUUAGAAAUUGCACAUCGGAAACUAUCAUCCGAUCCUUUAUGGUUUAGUGCUCUAUACAAUGACAUCGCUCAAGUUUAUUUUAGCAUGGGUGAUUAUUCACAUGCACUGAAAUAUUAUGACAAAGUUCUCGAAAUUAAGCAGAAACAUCUCGAACCUGAUCAUAUUGAAUUUGCAAUCUAUUAUGUGAAUGUUGGUUUGGUAUAUCGAAGUAUCGGCAACCAUAAGAGAGCUCGUUUGUGUUAUGAAAAAGCUUUAAACAUCCAAGAAAAGUAUCUGCCAUCAAAUCAUCCUGACUUAGCUUCCACAUACGAUAAUCUCGGUAAUGUUUUGGGCGACUUGGGAGACUAUUUACAGACAAUUUCAUAUUCCGAAAAAGCGUUGGCAAUUCGACAGCAGUCUCUUCCUUCGAGUCAUCCUGAUUUAGCUGCAACAUAUAACAAUCUGGGCUGUGUAUAUUAUAAAAUGGGUGAUUAUUCAAAAGCACUUUCAUACUAUGAAAAAGCACUUUCAAUACGACAACAAUCUCUUCCACCAAAUCAUCCUGACUUAGCUUUAUCGUUGAACAAUAUCGCUAAAAUAUAUGAUGAAACCAACGAAUAUUCUAAAGCGCUUUUAUAUUAUGAAAAAGCACUGAAAAUCCAACAAGAAACACUUCAUCCAACUCAUCUUAAUUUGGCAAUGUUAUACAGCAACAUAGGCAGUACGCAUGACAGCAUGGGACACUAUUCUAAAUCGCUUUCCUUCUAUGAAAAAGGAUUGGAGAUUUUUCAAAAAACUCUUCCUGCUGAUCAUGCGUAUUUAGCCUCAUCAUACAAUAAUAUUGGCGCUACGCAUGAAAACAUGGGUGAAUAUACGAAAGCACUCGAAUAUUAUGAGAAAGCAUUAAGUAUACAAAAGCAAAGUCUUCCGUCAAGUCAUCCCGAUUUGGCUUUGUCGUAUAGUAACAUCGGAAAAAUUUAUGAGAACAUGGGAGAUUAUCCCAAAGCACUUUCCUUUUUAGAAAAAGGGCUAUCGAUUUUUCAACAAAGUCUACCUUCAAAUCAUCCCCAUCAAGCUUCAUCGUAUAACAAUAUUGGCAAUAUUUAUAAUAGCAUGGGAGAUUAUCGCAAAGCACUCGAAUAUUAUGAGAUAGCAUUAAGUAUACAACAGCAAAGUCUUCCGUCAAUUCAUCCUGCUUUAGCAUCAUCGUACAAUAAUAUCGGUAAUUCUUAUGAUAGUAUGGGCGAUUAUUCAAAAGCAUUAUUAUAUUAUGAAAGAUCGUUGUCCAUACAAUCAAACUCUCUUCCAUCGAACCAUCCUGACUUCGCUUCUUCAUACAAUAAUAUAGGUACUGUGUACUACAGGAUGGGUGACUAUGCAAAAGCAUUAUCAUUUUAUGAAAAAGCGCUAGAAAUACAAGAGAAAAUUCUUCCUUCGAAUCAUCCUAGUAUUGGAUUAUCAUUGUACAACAUAGCAAAUGUAUAUUACGAUAUGGGUGAACAUUCAAAGGCAUCUUCAUACUAUCAAGGUUCUAUACAAAUCUUUCAGCACUCUUUACCUCCUGACCAUCCUCAUAUUCAAACCGUAGAAAGUACCAUUAAUCGCAUAAAGACUCUGACCUUUUUGAAAAGUGAAGAAAAUCAUAUUGUCUCGUGA